UACUAUUUUAAUUUGAACCCCGUCGUCCGAUUUAUAACGCGAGGCCCUAGGAGUAGCAGGCAAUAGAGGGCGAAGAAGAGAGGGGGAAAAGAAGACGACGGAGACGACAAAAGAGGACGGAGUGAGACGAUGAUGGAUUCUUCCUCCGGCGGCGGAGAUCCGUCCUCUGUCGGCGUUCCGGUGCUGUCGGCGUGGGCCUCCGCCGCGUCCCGGCGAUACCAGCACUUCCUGGACAAGGCGACGCCGCACGUGUUCCGGCGGUGGCUAGGGUUCGGGGCGGUGGCUCUCGCCUACGCGCUCCGCGUCUGGUUCAUCCAGGGCUUCUACAUCGUCUCCUACGCCCUCGGCAUCUACGUCCUCAACCUCUUCAUCGCCUUCCUCUCCCCCCAGGUGGACCCCGAGAUCCAGGAGCUCGUCGACGGCUCCGGCCCCUCCCUCCCAACCCGCUCCUCCGACGAGUUCCGCCCCUUCGUCCGUCGCCUCCCGGAAUUCAAGUUCUGGUACUCUAUUACAAAGGCCUUUUGUAUUGCUUUCAUGUUGACAUUCUUCAGUGCAUUCGAUGUUCCUGUGUUUUGGCCUAUUCUACUCUUCUACUGGUUGGUCCUAUUUACAGUGACAAUGAAGCGGCAGAUACUUCACAUGAUAAAAUACAAAUAUGUUCCCUUCUCCU